AUGACGACGAACGAGAAAGACAAGAAGCCUGAGAUUUUGAGCACAUCAUCAUUCGAAGAGGAAACUGUCGAACCCACAGAAACAACGGCACCAUUGGAUGAAUCCGCCCAGACCGUGGAUACAAAACAAGAAGAAGAAGAAGCGGACUUGGAAGCCGGAGAAUUCGGUAAAAUCAAACUUGUGAAGACGAAGGAAGGGUACCACCAGGCUGUGGGAGCUUUCAAUUACACGAGCUCAACACCCUCACAAUCUGAUUCCGUGCUUCCGCCAGCCAAGCGCCUUAGCGUUUCUUCCUCCCGCGGCCCAACUGAAGAUGCCCAGCCCAACGAGGAAGCCUACGUGAUUGAGCAAUCGCCAGAAAUCGAAGAUGGCUGUGAACCUCCAUCAACCCUAGCCCGUGGCAUUAAUGUUGCGAGGAUGUACAACGUGCAGCCGGGUGCCUUUCCCCUUGGUGGAACCAGGGCGUCCAUAGAAGAAGAUGGACCCAGUGCGUCCAUAGAAGAUGGACCCAGUGCGCCAAUUGAGGAGGGACCGGGUGCGUCCAUAGAAGAUGGCGCCAGCUCUGGUCAUGAAGCCUCCACUACCAGUUCCAUGUCUAUAGAAGUCCACAGCAAUAACUGCUUGGCUGUAGCCAAUUUGGUUUUGGAAGAUUGUGAUCUCCAGACUGCCAGACCACAUAUUGAAGGCACCAUUGCCAAUGCUGGUACCUCCAACGAGAGACAAAACCAUGUUUCAAAGCGUUGCAAAACCACUCUCCUUCUUGGGGCUAUUCUGAUAAUUGUAAUUGUCUUCAUUUUCAUUGCCGUUCUGAUCUCAGCUCAAAAGGAGUAUAUGGCGGAUUUUGCACCAGCUGAAAUGGCUAGCAGCACCCCGACUCAAGCUCCUACAUCAGCAAGUGACUACAUGUUCAAAUUGCUUCCACCGGAGACGACCUUCAAGAUCUCGGAGGAGCCAGAGUCGCCCCAAGCAAUGGCAUUCGAUUGGCUCAUGGAGGACUACAGUAAUUUGCCAAACCUUCCAUAUGAGAGGAUCAUGCAGAGAUUUGUCCUUGCCACUCUGUAUCAUGCCACAGGCGGUUACAGCUGGAACGAUGAUACAAACUGGCUUGAUCACAGUAUCCAUGAAUGCACCUGGUUCAACAAGCCAAGCUUUGCAAGAAAAGAUGUCCUAUCUCAAUUGUUUACUGGCUAUCUAUCAGAUUUCUAUCCUCCCACUGAGCUCCAACCAACAGCUUGUAAUCAUGAGGGACUCUAUGAACACCUGUGGUUGGAUCAAAACAAUCUGGGUGGCACCUUGCCAGAGGAGCUCUACCUGCUGACAUCCCUGAAGACAAUGUCCUUUUCAUCCAACCAAAUGCAGGGCACCAUCUCCAGUCUCAUUGGACAACUCAGCUCAUUAGAGGGGGCAGCAAUAAGCUAUCUUCAGAAUGCAGGAUCAAUCCCAUCUGAAAUUGGCUUGCUCGCAGAUUUGAGAGUGCUAGCUUUGAAUGACAACAAUCAUAAGGGAUCAAUUCCAUCAGAACUCUGGCAGCUUUCAAAUUUGAGCACAUUGAUUUUGAGCCGCAACCCAGAGCUGCAAGGGACUAUUCCAUCCAUAAUUGGUUCUGUUGCAAACUUACGAUGGCUUCUUUUGGAUGAAGCAGACCUCUCUGGUUCCAUUCCCAAAGAGAUUGGUCUUACCACUUCCCUUGAAUGGAUGGUUUUGUACAUGAACCAUUUGUCCGGACGUCUCCCUAGUGAGGUCAGCAAGUUGUCGAAUCUGCGGCUCCUUUCCCUAUAUCAAAACAUGCUAGAAGGACCCCUGCCCACACUGUUGGGGGGAAUCCGAUCUCUUUCUUUGGUUGCCUUGAGAGAUAAUCUCUUUUCAGGUCCAGUGCCAAGUGAACUUGGUCUCCUCACAAACUUGGCUGUGACCCUCAAUCUGCGGAAUAAUGAACUCUCUGGAGCCAUUCCAUCAGAGCUUGGGCUCUUGUCAGGUCUGAUGGAGCUAGAACUCAUGAGCAACAAGCUCACUGGGCAGAUUCCCAGUGAGUUUGGCCAGCUCCAGUCCAUGGGUCAGCUGACAUUUUCCAACAACUCCCUUUCUGGGACUGUGCCUCAGGAGCUGUCAGAUCUGCAAAACACCCUCCACACUUUGAAGCUUGAAGGAAACCAAAAAUUAUCGGGGUCCAUACCAGCAGGAGUUUGCAACAUGAAUGGCACCUGCAUUGGCACUUUUGUUGACCCAUGUGAAGGUCCCCAUGGGUUGUCUUUUGACCGCUCUGGGUCACUUUGUGGCUGUGGCUGCCCUUGUGGGGUAGACGAAGUAGCUCCCAUGGGAACGGACCCCUCUAACUAG